AUAAGGUCAACAGCAUUGUGGAUGAUAGACAUUAAGAGCACCAAUUACUAACAAAUAAGGCAACUGUUUUUAUGGCCUCACCCAGUAUUCAAAACAAGUGCUCUGUGACAGGAAGAAUAGUUUGAGAUCAGCAAUAUGUCGACCCGGCGGAGGCAGCUAGCUAUCCAAGACCAUGGCGAGAGUAGUGACCGGGACAAAUCUGCCAAUCAGGCCCUAGGCAUGAUAAAUCGAUUGAAGCGACGGGCUGCUAAAACGGCGGAAGCUUCGGAACAGAAACGGAUCAAGGCAAAGGCGGAAGAUGAGGCCCAAAAAUCAACGCGGAAAGCACCAAGUCCCACCAAAGCAUCGAAGACGGAACAAACGAUACCCAAAAAGGCAAAGAAAACUCUCACAAUACCAAAAAAAUCUAGCGUAAAAGAUGGCGAAAAGRCUCAAACUAGUGAGAAUGGCAAAACAAAGAAAGAAACCCCUUCUCUUUUGUCGGGGAUGAAAAAACCUCUGCCGAUCAUAGUCCAUAGUAUAAAAAAAGACAAACAACGACCAUUGCCGUCGUCUCGAGGACCACCAAAUACAAUAAGACCCAAAUCUCCGCAAAGGAUGUCUCCAGCUCCUCSGGUCGCAACUCCUCCUCCUCCAUCCGAUGCUGCUAAUUUGAUCCAGAACCCAGGUCCAACAAACCAUCCGUCCUCCAGAGUAGUUACCGAAGUAGAAAAAUUGCGAAAACUUGUUUGGGAUGGUCUUCGAGACUUGUGCAAAGAAACCUUCCCGGUUCCACCAGAACGAAAUGGUGUCGAUUUGUUUGCCAGUUUCUUGCGACACAAAGAUUUAAAGCCGGGCAACAACCUUCAAUACGACUUUUUUGACACYGAUGAAGAGACCGGAAAUAUUGUUUUGCAACCAAAGAUACCUAUUUUUCCAGAAGAUUUCCCGCAAGGGGCAAAACAGUGGCCAUUGUCGGUAAGUAAACUACGAACAUUUCAGGAAGUUUCUAUUCUUUUUUGGCUUCUGAUGCGGUUUAAUUUGGUGCACGCGAGUGUUCUCCCGUACUCCACAAUCACAAUCUAGGUUCGAUCCGUUGUUUACCGAAUAAGCGAUGCACAUUUCAUUUGCAUAUGGCAUCGAUUCUUCAAAUUAUCAGAAUCUACAAACAGAGUACUGGUUAUGCGUCAAUCCUCUUAUCGAUUUUUYCGRACCAUUGUCGUGUUUGUAUUUUUUGAUGUGUUGACGCCUUCACUUAAUUAUUGUAAMUCCUGAAGUGGUGGGGAAUUGUAGAUCCUUCUAUUGAGGAUCAAAAGACUGAGGUGGACGGAAAAGUCAAAGGACAGACAGACACGACAGCCUAUACCAAGUCACGACGAGACAUAUCCGAUUCACAAUCCGACAAAAUUUCAUCUGGAGCCAAAGACGAAAGCAGUGAUAGAGAUAGACGUGGCGGUAACCAUAKCACACGCAAGCGGUCAUCUAGGGAUCGCCACGACAGUGAGGGUGCUUACUACGAUGACAAUCCCUCUAGAGAAGCCAAUCGUGAUCGUUUUCUAGGCGGAGAGAGGGAUGGCAGCGGAUGUCCACCGUCUCUCCGUGAAAAUGGUUACGAUUACGAUCGCAACGAUUUUCGCAUCCMCAACCACCGUGAUGGAGGUCCUCCUUUUCCUCAUCGAAUGGGAGAUGGACCCCCACCUCACUCACGACGAGAUUCCCGCGAUAGGCCUCCACAUGGAGAUUUUCGAAGGGGAUCUCGACCAUAUCCAGGGCAAGGAGGUGAUCAURGCAGGGAUUAUAACUUUCGAGAUCAGUACGGGCCAACGGGAAGAGGCCCACAUGGGCCAUUUCAUGAUGAUCGGCGCAACAUGCGCAAUAUUGAUCGUUCAAGUCGUCCAUCAUAUUCGCAUUCAGCGAGAGAGGAUGGAUGGGAUUCGAGACGACACCCUAGUGGUAAUCCGAAUAGACAAAGGUAGRCCYCGUCCUUCUGAAUUUGUUUCGCAAUAGCACCACGCCAGAGAAUCUUCCCACCUKCAAAACUAGAAAUUUCAGUUAGAUUGUUUGGACAAACGCCGCAGCAUAUUUCUUUUUUGGAAUUAAUGCUUUACAGCUUCUCGCCUUUGAGACUUUCCCGAAAAAAACAAAAUUGGUGCUGUAUCAACGAUCAGAAACAAAAAAUGAAUAGGUUCUUGUAUUUGUAAGAAAGGUCUACCGUAGACGAGACCGAGCCAGGUAUCCUUUGUGGAGUCGCUAUAUUAUCCCGACUGUGUACCGCAGAGGAUCAAGUGCAAGAUUACCUCGGAAGACUAUUUCUUACGUGCAUCGGGGUAUGGAAAUGAAGCUAACAAAGCAGCAGCGUGGAAAUCGUGUUAAACGAUUUUUUGACCUCUUUCAAACAAAAGUCUAAUAGUGAAUCUGUAGCCGUUCUAGAUAUGAAMCUAUUAAAUCGUUGUGGACGUAUUAUUUUUUCAGAAUUAUUGCCUCCUUCAUCAAAAGUCAUCUGUAUAAUAUUUGUAAAGUGCUCUUGUUCUGUUCAUUUGUCGUCCUUCUUCAUGAAGUAUUUUUCAUAUACCGCAUACAAAGUAGGUGCUUUAUCUUCCUCCUUGUUUGUAUCACUAGAGUCAUGCCAUGACGUGCUUUCAYUAUCUUCGUAAUCGUCUUCCUUUAUGUACUUGUCAUAAAUAUAUCUCAGUUCCUCAUCUGCUUUCAUAUGUUUGGUAGCUAAAACUUCGGGAUGGGUUUUGCUCACACCCUGAUCACCUCCCAUCAGAUGUUCUAGCGACUUCCCCCAGGAAGAUGCUUGGCUCGAUGUUCCUUUGACAGCUUCGUCAACAGAAUUAUAACCACUCAAGUAAAAUCCAAUUGCCCCAACAAAUCCAAACGUUCCCACUGUUCCCAAUGUCGCUAUUCGCAAUGCCUUCGAAGCUGUUCGAGCAGCGGCAGCUCUGAUUGCGUCUUUGUCACUGGUCUGUAGUUUGCUAGCUGYUUUUCCGCUGCUGUUAUAACCACUUGUUCCCCCUUGUAUAAGGUCUUCCAGUCGUUCAGUCGGCAUUCGAUAACCAAAAUAAGCUCCCGCGAAAAAUGGUACGGAAGUGAGCAGCAAUACAUUCCCGGGGUUGUUUAUCCAUCCAGAUGAAUUACCAGCUUCGAUAAAAUUGCUUAUCCACCAUACUGAACUUUCUUCAAGUUUCCAUGUUGAAUUCGAGSUUGUCGGCGAGGUUGUUGUCGUUAGCGGUGCAUUGUCACUACAGUCGUCUUUUUGGUACUUGCUCGGAUCCGUAGAUGACAUUUGGUUGCUUUUCCUUUUCGAAGAACAAAAAAUGAUGACCUCAACUAAUUGAAUUCAAAAUUCGAGUCUCUCUUUUGUAUCGAAUUGUCCAAGAAUCGUACCCUCUUGUUGUACAGGACAGGACAGGACAGCUUCAUUUAAUAGUGAUGGAAAAAGGUCAAUAGUGGGCUAUGCUACCUCUACCUCUCAAGAUAGCUCCCGGCGUGAACUCUUGUUCAUUUGAAUUGAAAUUUGUUGCGUUUUUUUUUUCAUCAGAACGUACGAACUGUUUUCCAACUCUCGUACGGUACGUACGGAAAUACGUACCGUACGUACUGUUGAUUCAAUACGAUUUAUCGUACGGUAUGAAUGUGAGCCUAAAUGAAGUCUAUGAGAGUAAUUGAAAUGACUAGAAUGACUAGAUAAAUUAAUGAAGAAUGAGAAUACUCUGGGUCCUGUAAACAUUCCAUGGGAUCAUAKGAAUUAUCCUUUUCUUACAAAUAGACCACAAUUUGUGCACCUUGGCAAUAAAUUGUGAUUUGGACAAAAAUAAUGUUUUGAACAGAUUCACGUGCAUUCACCCAAAGUCUGUUUGCUGUCAACACCACACUCCUUAUUACUGGUGGUGAUAGGAGUACUCCUCUUUCUUAUUCCAUGGCAGGUACAGCGAUGCCUCUUUGAUCAUGCUUACUAUGUAGUGAAUGCCCUGCCUGGCAGGACUGCUUGUAAUGCAAAUAGUCUGCUUCACUAACUCCUUGGAUAGUGUUCCUACUAAACUUCUUAAACUUUGCUCCCUGAAGCAGUUUGGUAAAAUAGUCUGUGAUUAGUAUGACAGUAUUCAACAAUUGUAACCUCACCCUUCUUUACCCUGUCGGUGACAAUGAAGUAUUGGAUGUUAAUGUGCUUGGUCCAUUUUGUACUGGAUGUACGACUAUUCUUUUCCAAUUUGAUKGCGCUCUCAUUGUCCUGAUACAGGAUGUUGUUGUUCAUUAGCUUCUCCUUUGAUGUACUAUCGGCUUCUGCAUCUCUGGCAUUAUCAGUCAUGUGUUGCUUUUGUGCCAAUAAGAAGCAAUGUGCCCACAAUAUGAAGGUCAUGUUGUCAUCUACCCCCACCACUUCUGUCUCUGUUGAACUUUUAGUAUUCAAUUUUUGCUUGGUGCAUGGUGUUGUGAUUGCAGCGGGGGUCUCUAGGGUCAUCGUCAUUCCCCCAGUGUGACUGCCCAUAUUGUUACAUACUUUUUUAAGUCAACAAUGAUGCAACAAAMUUGAGUGAGAAGGAUGCCAGUAUACUACCAUUAUGUGGCAAAACUACUCUACAUGGCAAAGUGUAUGAGGCUGGAUAUCCAAACUGCAGUCACCUUCUUGUGCAMUAGAAUCUCAAACCCAGACAUCAAUGAUUGGAAGAAACUAAAGAGAGUAAUGAGUUACUUGGUUGAUCCUCUKUUCCUUCCUCUUGUCCUUGGCUGGGAUGAAACCAGAAACAUGUAUUGGCACAUCAAACAUCAACUUGCCAAUUUUUGUCUAUCUGGUUUACUUCCAAAGCCUCCUCAUCCACUGAGACAAUUGAUUUGUCCUUGUUGCUUGCACUGGUCACCAGGGUAUAGGAUGCAUCAGGAGCAUUGUUGUCAUCUCUAUUUUCCUGUUCUGUGCUUAGGUCAAGUAUGGUGGAUUUGCCUUGAAUGUCACUGAACAUCAUUCCUCSAUCAAGCUUUUGGGCAGUGGCUGUUGCCUCCACUUGGUGGAUAAUGGCAUCACUGAUUGGUGUUGCUGUACUGCUCUUACUGUGAAUUCCUUUUCCUGUGUUCAUGUUGUAGGCYCAGUACCCACCAGUGAGGCUUCCUGUAGGCUGUAGAUACAGUGUGUCUACAGCUCUUGGSGGCAUUGAAUUAUCGGUGUYGUCCUCAUGUGAAAGGAGGAUUGGCUCCAUGAAUUGAAACCUGCACUCCUUGGCAUCAAGGGGUGUACCUGUCAUUGCCUCCCUGGCUGGUACUAGUAGUGUCUUGCAUACUCCUGYGGUUCUGCAGUUGAGCCAGUAUGUCACCACUGCAUACACAAGCUCCAUCACRCAAUGCUUUGGUAGCUUCUUAAAGGGGAUAUGGUAGAAAUAGCAUCUAAUGUAUUCUAUCAUUGUGCAAAUAUUGCACUCAAUGGUGGUUGGAUCAUGUUGCCAAGCCGCAACAACAGUGUAGCUGUAUUGGUGGCUYAAGCUUAAGUAAAUCAUCCCUGAGGCAUUCAAACUGGUUGUCGCCAUAGACCAGUGUUAUGAUGAAACCCCUGGUUCAGUAUUGUCCUGCCAUUGCCUUAACACAGUCCAGCAGUGGAGAUCGCCCUGYGUUGGUAAUUGCUUGUGUGGUACAGAACCUUAAAUGGUGUGAUAUUGUGUGGCGUGAUAUUGGGUGAAAGAACCUYAUUCUAUUAACGCUCAUAAUGUCCACAUGGAGGGUAGUAACAUCCCAGAAUUUACCGUACAUCCCACAUGGAGGGUAGCAUCCCAGAAUUUACCUUACAUCCUCUUGCAUAUGGUCUGCUGAGCUCCAGGUCUGCUUUCCUUUCACUAAACUGGUGUGCUUACCAUAUGUAGCCUCCGCCUUCUGAACAUCUUGUCGUGUGACUGUGGAAUUUGCCAAAAGUUUCUUAUCAAGCAUGUGAAGCAUGUCUUUUGUUGUGGGGAUCCAAGUGUUUCCUGAAGCUUUUGAGCUUUAUCAGCUCUUCUACAAUCAAGAUCUGAGAGUUGCUGUUUGUUACCUUCCACUGACAUGAUUGUCAAAAUGUUGCCCUYGUCCUGGUUGCUUGUGUCAUAGUAGUACAAACCACAGUUGGACCUUCCAAAAUGUUGUGUAGAUCCAUCUUCRCGGUGUAUGUACAUUGCGUUGUUGAUUGCAGUGUCCAUUGUCACCCUGUAUUUGUCGGAUAUGAGGGCUAGGGAUAACACACUAGCUAUUCCAUCUUUGUAGAACAAUACCUCUCCAUAACCUGGUAGGUCAGCACUUUGGUUGGUGUGAGCUGUGCUGCAAUUACAGUAGAUGAUCAUGGUGCAUCCAUUUGGAGCGCACCUAAUGUUCUUCACCAGUCUUGGAUUGUUUAUCAAAUUGCACAAUGAUUCACUGUCCAGUAGUAUCCAGUUCUCAUUUACUCUAGCUUUCUUGUUAUUGGCUACUAGCUGGGUAAACAUKUGCUUGGCUUUUUGGCUGUAGUACUCAAACACUGUUACCACCCCUUAUCGUAGAGCUUGUAUGUCAGUGUACGCAAGAUCCAGGGCUUUUACCAACUCUCUGUAUUGCCCUUUGUGUUCAGGGGUUACGAGUUCAUUCACAUUUUGCACACAAGUGAGUUCACUUAGGGGAGGCUUCUCAUACAAUACUGGAAUGUGUGUUUCGAAACAUACUGGUGUCUUUGUUUCAACAAUUUGACCAGUCCAUUCAUCAAUCUGCUCUUCUUCAGUGCACUAUCAUUGGUAUUGUCAUCCAUGUGUGACGCAUAUGCCACUGUCAUCACCUCAGAUGAAUGUGGGUGAAUUUGUGUAUCAACACCAUCUUUUGUGGCCCAGUAGUCCCAGUUGUUGUCAUCAUCAUCAUUGGAUUCGGAACUGUAUUGUGCUGAUUGUUUGUUGCUUGCAAAACUAUUGAUUGUGGUUGUACUUCUGUCUUCAGUGUUGGUCCAUUGCACAUGAAACAGUUAGAAAAUUUUGACUUCUACUAGCACUACAGCGCACUUGUGAACAAAACUAUUUUAGUUGCAUGACUGGUGGGAUUCAAAAAUUCAGCACAUGCCGGCUGUAAACUGCAGUACAAGCCAGUUUUUAGUCAAAGUAGUCAUUACACUCAAAAUAAGGGCCCAAAAUGUACAACUGGUACAUACAUUUGGUCACCAACUCUAUACAAUUCAACUUUUGAAAAAACUGUUUCUUGACAAUACAUCAGAUCCAUAAAAAUGGAAUUCAUUUUGGUUUACAAUUGGCCAAAAAUGCUUCUUCAGACCAACAAGACAUUGGCAGAGGGUGUCCUCCAGCUUGUGAACACAAUUCAACACAGGGAGAACAUUUGUACUAAGUGACUUGUACUAGUAGGUUUUGUUGGGAUCUGAUAUAUGUAGCAGUAACACAGAUACAUUUUCCAUGGAUGAUUGGCUCCAUAAUACAAAUAGUUUCUACAGUGCAAAAACUAAGUUGGUGUCAGUAAGGUGGAAAGUACUGCUCUGAAAAGAAUGUACUACUAGAAGCCAAUCAAUGAAUGCACUAUGGCUGUUUGUUGUUUCUGAAAUAGGAAUGGAGGAAUUCAUUGAUUUCUUGUGAAUUUUGGGUAUUGUUGUUGAUGGUGAUGUUUUUGAUUUCUUGUGUAUGUUGGGUACUGUUGUUGAUGGUGGUGUAUUUUAUAAGGAGAAGACAAGCUCUUGCAAAACAGACCAAUAGUAAAAGUUCUAACCCUUUUUUGUGGUGCUGAAAGCACAAGGACAACAUUAACCCAAUUGCUUGUGUUGGCAAUAUCAAUUUGGAAUUGAUGUCAAUGUGUUCCUUUGUGAAUUGUUUGAGUUUGAUGGGUAACGACUUUUAACUCAUGUUCUUGUGGACAUCAAAAUUUAGCUGAUGCUGCAGUAUUUUUGAGUCUCCUUAUUCAAGGCCCAUCUCUAUCCAUCAAACAAAAUACCCAUUUUUCAGUUUGAUUGACUUGAAUGUACUACAACAAAUGACUCAAUGAWUUGAUUUUGAUUUCUCAAAAUCUAUGUGUUGUCGUCAAUCAUGAUAGGUCUACCAACAUGAAAAAUUAGAACUAUGGAUUUCUUUCUAGUACCACCACCACCAGUCCCUGAUAGAAAACAGAUGAACUGCUAUUCAUUUUUCCUCAUGGUUGCCUUGAGAUCUUGUAUUUACUAGUACUUAUUACAGCAAUUUCCAAUCUUCCCUUGGAGUCUCUCCUUUUUACAAAAUCAAUCAGACAUAUAAUGUAUAUCUCUUUUAAGUGUCAAAGAAAAAGCAGCAACAACCUAGCUCUGCAUUUCCCUGUUUCCUAUCAUUUUGAAAACUCAACUUUGCAAAGUAGUAAAAAGUACCUCUAAACUUAUGUUUGAUCUCAUGAACUAGAAGAGGCACUAURUUGGCCAGAACCAACUUCUUGGGAGAACCUCCGUCCAAGGAGAUGUGAUGGAGGCAUAACCAUUGAGCUGGGUGGGCUGGUUGGUUGAAUAGUUGAAAAACUGUGUCAUAGUGGUUUGGAGGGUUCAAUUGUUAUUAAUAGCAGGGGCCAGAGAAGGCUAUGGCAUGUGUUGUCUCUUCUUGGAGUAUGCAACUUUGCAUAGUAGUAGUAGUGUCUGAUAUUUUUCAAGCUUCCAGUACAUGAUGUAUUUUUGAUAGCAUCCAUAUUAUUUGUCUCUCCUUGGAUGACAACAUACCAAAACUUUUAUGGAGGAUUUGAUACAAAACACUUAUUGGUAGAUUGUUUGUUGUCAUAUUUGGGGUUAGCUYUGUCUACUAUCAUAUGUGUAGGAACCACUGAUACCUGAGCCUGAGUUGUAAAGUGUAAUUGCACUUGAAUCUGGUACUGGUACUUUGGGUGGUGUAAGCACUGUUCUUCAACAUAUUUGCAWGCCUUGAUAUGUUGCAAUUKAAGUGGAAAUUUGAAGUUUAUUACUAUAUUAUCUGUCUAUACUGAAUUGUGUUUCUGGUAACAGAGAUGAAAGUAUGAUGGUGAGGAACAUGUCACUYUAGUGAUUUUGACAUUCUAUUGACCAUGCUUUUCCUGAAUGCUAAAUUUCURGUAACAUGAUCAGUGUUACUUGUAAUAUUGGACAGCCACAGGUAACAUUAAGUGGAGAAGAAAUAUCCUCAAGAUUAUAGCUUUGUGGAAGUUUCUCUAUAUUGCUAUCUGCUGCCUUGAUAGGAAUGUCCUUGUCACAAAAUUCUGUAAUGACAUCAUGUCAAUUGACUGUGGUACAAUUCUCAAACAACAGAAGUAUCAGAUUCAUGACUCAUGCUGUCUAUGUUUCCACCAGAAUGACAGUAUCCAGCAUAUUCUCCACUCUUUCUCAUGCCAGUURACUUUCUUGGCAUUGGAAUCAUACUUAUCUUUGAGGAAGGUAAURGUAACUAUUGGAUUCCUAACUAUUCCCACUGGAACUUUGCCCAGCUAGUAUGCAGAAUACUUUYAUGCAUGCUGUGUUAAUCCAGAAGAUGGCAAAACACUACUAUCAGACCACCAUCAGUUGGCACCAUGAUCUUUUAUGAACCACAUUUACCAGCAUUGRAUCUUAGAUCCAGAUCAAAACUCAGAUUCCUAUUCCCCAUGGUUGUAMUAUGAGCCCCCUUCUUUGAUCAUGGCCACACUGUUCUCCAAAAACAGGCCUUCUUACACCAAUCAUGGUUAAUAUAGAGAGUCAGACACAUUUUUCUCUUCACCCCAAACUUGUCCAACUGAAGCCAUUCUGUCCCCCCCUGAUCCUGAAGCUUUUCUAUCCAAUGUCCACCAAACUUCCUUCUCAUACUACAUCAGAGUUUAUUAAAAAAAGGGGGCAUUGAAGAUGUUGCUACUAUUUCCACUAGUAGUACCAAUAGUACCAAUCUAAUUGCACAGUACUUCUUCCCCUUUUCAACUUCUCAUUGUUGCAAACAACCACUAGAGAGCAUCACUCAAGAUAUGUUGGUCUUUAAUACAUAMUCCAACAAAAAGAGACAGCAAUAGUACUUUAAACAAUUCCAGCAUACCUUAGUUCAUCUGCCCUAACCCACUCAUGCUCCUCCAGGAGCYCUAUCCUUCCCUGCAGCAACUACAAGGAGUAGAAGCUGCCUUCUGGUGCUUGAUGAAUCUCUGCUAGUUCACAACACUAAAUAUGUUUCUUUGGCUAAUCUUGGGGUUUUGCCCACCACUUCUGUUUUGAUGGUUAUGUAUUGACUUAUGYCAUAAUUUAUCAAGCUUUGCACUUCGGCAAUGGGAUUCUCUUUCAUGUAAAAAUAACCAGUUUGACUUUGGAAUGAUCAAUCAUGACAAUGACUCCUGAUUGGUGUAKUAGUAGUUGUCCCAUUUGAUGUUGGCCAAAUUUUGUUGCAGAGGCUGUCAAUGAUGGAGUUGGGAGUUGCUGGUAACAAAAUGGUUGAAAAUUAAGAAAAAAUGGAAUGUUUCACAAUCUGGUACUAGUAGUCUURGAUUUGUGCCUGAAGAUGGUGUGACAUUGUCACAGCCAAUCACAACCUGUUACAUCUUCCUGAUUCCUAUUCCCAACCUCUCAUGAUUGUUGUUGGCAGAAAUGUGACCAAUGUAAGAACAUAAAUCAUAUACAUGGAGUGUGUGGAAAAAGGGGGCGCAUACUAAUCUAUAAAAUAGGGAUGCUAGGUCAUGUGAUAGGUUGCAAUAUUUUUUUGUGACAAUAUUGUAUUAGUAGAUAAGUAUCAUACCCCUGAAUGCAAGCUGGCCUAUGCAUGCAGGUUGUAAAAACAGAGUUUAGCCAACUAUAUCACCAGUUUCUUCUUUGUAGUGCAGAAUUGUUGAUUCUURUUUGGAGUGGAGAGUUGUUAGUACUUUGAGUUAGAAUACUAGUAGGCAAACUUAUCAUGAAAUGGGUGUGACAAGGUAGUAAUACAUACAUGACGAAUGUGAAUCAGUUUUAUAAAACAAAAACAUAAAUUUACAAUCCAAAACUACAGUUCUAAAUUCUGUUGCCAGGGUACUAACAAACGUUUCUGGUAUCAAUGUUUUGAAAGGGUUCUUGAUUUCUGAGCUUAAAAAAGAUAUUAGUGAUUACUUCACCAUCAUAUGCUAAUURUUYAUUGCACAGUACUACUAGCAGGAGUUUGUACCUUUUCCUGCUGUUAGUAAAAUGAAUGAUAACAACACAAUGGGAUUUUUCCAGUAUCAGCAUCGGCUGCUCCCAUGAUGCAAUUAGUUAGCAGUCUUUAGCAGCAUUUGGACCCACCCCUGRGGCAUUGUUGGAUGCCAGGACAUUAUUUUUAUAAGGUUCGUAAAGUAGCAAUUGAGUUGAUUUUUUAUCAAAACAAGAAAUGUUAGGUGAGGAAAGUUACAAUGUAAUAAUAAUACUAGUGAAAAGUAAUCUUUUUAGGUCGAACCCAUUCGGAUCGUUUUUAUUUUUAGCUAGUGCAAUGAAAUAUACAACACGURAAAAGAUGUAAAAUAUAUUAAAUUCCCAAUUUUGCAUGUGCUCUUGACUUAGCGGCUUGUCGACCUCUCGCAAUACGUUUCUUGUACUUCUUGCUACCCUGACUAGCUUCCCAAGAAAAAUAACGCAGAUUGUGAUGAGUUCAUUUAUUCUGACUUGCAAUCACUUUGCAURCGUAACUUCAAUCGUUUGACUCGAGAUCCCCGACGUGAAACUGAAGAUGRAAUAAUUUCCUUCUUAUUUUCCACUGUAGUCGUGAUCUUUGCCGACGACGAGGAACAUGAUGAUGCUAAUGACGACGAUGACGAUCUUUCGCUACCUGUAUCAGAAACGACGGUCGGUGGACUGCUCGAAUGUGAUGAGCAUUUCGCAGAAGGGGCUGUAUCCAUCGACGUGAUCACAGAGGGUGCAGAAGGAGCUGAUCGCUUGUUCAUGUUUCGUUUGUGAUCAUUGGUCAAARUAUGAGCUGUGCCGUUUUCUUUGUUAUUCAUUCUAGCAAUCAUUGAAUGAUCACCGGAGCUCGCUGCGGCCUUGUYGAAAAAGGAUUGGAGAUGCAAAUAAAAUUCGACAUUAGCACGACAUUUAGGAGGGUAAGGAAUGUCACCUGAAGUAAUCGUCGCCGGUGUUUUCCCUGUAGCAAUGUCAGAGGCUUUGUGACUGUCCAAUAAGCCUUCGCCAGGAUAAUAAUUAAAAUGGUGUGGGAAAUAAUUGUGCGCGUAGUACGGAAGUUCAUGGGGAGGGAUUUCCUGUGGAUAAAUCGGCGAGGUUGUGCCUUGUAUUGUGGGYGGCAAUAAAGCUUUUGAAGCUGCUUCUUUCGCAGCCGUAGCAGAAGYUGCUGAUUGGGCAAGCUCAAAUUCAUAUAGCACAGCUUGCUGCUGUAGGACUGGGUCGAGAGUAUGAAAUGCUGGAUGCUGCAUCAACCUUUUGGUUCCAGCAGCGAAAGCCUUUUCACAAACCGCAGUCGUGUCAGUCUCCGAUGAUGAAUUGGUCGGAGAUAAAGGAGACGCGGGUUUAUUUGCAUUUAUACUAUURCUCCAUCCCAUCAACUUCUCCAGUUGCCUUGGCGGCCUUGAUGCCAUCGGCGUUAGAGAAACAGAAGUUGUUUCUUCCCGUUCUGUCGGCAACAUACCAUGAUUUCUUCUAUGAUCGGUAGUACUUGUCGUCGCAYGAGUAGAAUUAUUCACAGUUUCUCGUAGAUCAGGCGCACCUUCCCGCAGGGCUUGAGACGUUUUCUCUCUAGCCUUCACAUUUCCCACAUCAACCCAAUAACAGCCUCCUACUUUCUUCGGAUUUUUCAUCCGCUUGAGGAAACGGCCGUUCACUCCCCGUAUACUCACAACGAUGCAUUGAGCUAUUUUUGGUUUAUCGCGACGCUUUGCUAGUAAAUAGAGCUUUUGGUAGGCCUUGACAAGAGAUCGAUAUUGGACAUUACCAGGGUGGUGAUUUGUUUCUCCACCCCUUCCACACAAUACAUCAUUUGGUUUCAC